GUAUAGCCAACAAGAUCCACAAAUAAAAGAUUAGUGAUGAUUAUCCUCCCUCUCUCCCUCUCUCUCUCUCCCCCCCUCUUUCUCUCUCUCUCUGACACCGCUGAGGGUAGGGGAGAGAGGUAGACUUUCAGUUCUAGCCUACAGUCACACAGUGAAACAGUAGACGUCCCCUUAUGCAUUUUUAACAGCUCAGCAGGUGAUGGGAACAGUUUGGUUGGGACAGUUUGUCCACAGAUAGAGUGACCAAGUGAUCAGGUGAAGUGGUCGAAAUUCUGAGGUGUACCAGUAAAAUAGGAUGCCCGGAGCCAGUGGCGUCAACAUUGAGGGCUCUUGUGAGGCCCUGUGCCGAACCCUGGUCUCCCAGAACGGGCUCCAGAGAGAGACAGCCGACAUCUCCCAGUCUGUCCUCUACACCUCACUGAUGGGCCUGCUUCUGGUUGCCGACAACGAGAAAAAGCAGCUCACCGUAGGAAGUGGAAGGGUUGGCCUUAGAAACAUAGGAAACACAUGUUUCCUAAACGCAGUAGUCCAAUGUUUGUCUCACACACGUGGCCUACGGGACUACAGCCUCCUCAUGUCCUACAGGGAUGAGAAGUUCUCCAAAGAGGAGGCUAAGCUCAUGGAAGGUAUGUUCCUGCUAUUCCCUUCUCUUGCUAUUCUGUUUUCAUCUUUUCUCAUUGCUCGCUGUCUUCUUGUGCUAGCUUUCUCUCAGGUGCUGUCAGGACUUUGGGUCGUAAAUGAAGGGGACACAGUUGUAAAUCCACGUCAGUUUUACAAUAUAUUUAAAGAAGCAGUGCCUUACUUCAGUGGAUACAGUCAACAGGAUGCGCAGGAGUUCCUCAGGUUCCUAUUGGACAAGCUGCACACAGAAAUCAACCGCAGACCCUACGUUCGACGAACAGGGAAGGAGCCUGUACAAAAAUUUGCCAGAUUUCGGAUUUCGGAAGAGGCAGCUGCCAUGUGGAAGAAGCACUUAGAGAGAGAUGACAGCAGAAUAGUAGACCUGUUCUCAGGCCAGCUGAGGAGCUCGCUGCAUUGCUCAGUGUGCUCCCACUACUCCAACACAUUCGAUGUGUUCUGCGAUCUGUCGCUGCCCAUCCCCAAGAGAAGCUCUGCUGGGCAGGUCACGCUGAGGGAGUGCCUGGAGCUCUUCUCUCAGGAGGAGAAACUGGACAAGGAGAAUUCACCAAUGUGCGAGAGGUGUAACAGGCAUACAGAGUGCACCAAGCGACUUUCCAUCCAGAGGUUUCCCGAGGUUAUUGUGAUCCAUCUGAACCGCUUUACGACGUCACGGUGGUCUAUCAGUAAAAGCACAGUGUAUGUGUCCUUCCCAAUCACUAACCUGGACCUGGGACGCUACGGGCCUGUCGACUGUGGCCCAGUUCUGUAUGAUUUAUAUGCAAUAUGUAACCACGCUGGGACGGUAAACAUGGGCCACUACACAGCCUGCUGUUCAGAUGAAAAUGGGUGGUGCUUCUACAAUGACUCCAGUGUGACUCCAGUCUCAGAGAACCAGCUUCAGACCAACCAAGCCUAUGUGCUGUUCUACCAGCGCAGCAACAGCACCACCGCCGUCAGGAAAUAGACCCGAGACUGGCUGAGCCAAGCAGCCAAUCAGAGCAACUUUACCUCCAGUGUCCAUAGAAACAAAUAGAAGCAGCAGUGCUGUAACUCUGACAUGAACAGCUCAGUCUCAAUAAGCAUGCCCUCAAAUAAACUCUGAGGAGGAGAGAGAAGCCAUGCUCACUUUAAGGAGGGCUUGAUGAGGUGACCUCGCCUCCUGAGACAAGGAGAUGCUUUUGAAGAGUCUCACUGAGAGAGCUGAGGCAGCUCAGACGGACUGCAGCCCUCUGUGCCCUACUUCUCAGGCAGGAGUGAGCAGUGUACUUGCACAUGAUGCAGAGUUCUUAAUGUUAGAUCAUUGUAAUUCAUGCUUGCAAUGCAACAUAAACCCAGAUAAACAAUGGGAAAACUC